AUGUUUGCUAAUGACCCCAUACGUGCUUGGUAUAAAGACAUUAACCCAGCCGCUGGGGUUGACGACUGGAGUACGCGAAGAAGAUACCAUGCAAUAACCCCAGAUACACCAGAAAUGGUUGAGAUUCCAGUUAUAGUGACUCCUCCAGACUGCAACCCUCUCACAAACAGUCCAGAUAACGAAGAACAGGCCCCUCACUUACACCAAGAGCCUGAUUUUUCACCCGCCAUUCACGAGGUGAAACAAAUAACCACCUCGACAGUACUCAGGCCUGUAAACGCCACCGACACCAUGGUGUCAGAAGGCACUCAGACCGAAUCACCAAAGCAAACCCCGGGACAAGAGGUUUCGCCUGCAAGGGCGUUUAGUCCCGGCUAUCCAUUGAGCCCAGUCCGCUCUCACUCCGAGUCCUCGGGGCCCAAACCUCACUUUCCACCUUGGAGGGAACUCCGCCACCACAUAUACAACCCCCAUCCCACUCAUCCAGGAGCAUUGUACAACGAAGGCAAAGUCGAGGGUCACCUCUCCCCUCCCUCGCCCCCUCCCAAGUGCCCCAUGACGCCCCAGGCCGAUCUAUACGACGGCCAGUCGCCCUCCAACUUUGGCAUGCAGUUUGACCGGCCCACCAUACCACAUUGGAGAAGGAACAUCAAGCCAGCCACGUGUGCUCAGAACUAUGAGGACCACAAGCACCGCAUGCUGAUGGAGUGGCUGAAUAGGAGGAACUCCGUGUGA